AUGUGGAUAUCUGCUGAGAUUCCAAACGAGUUAUGUAAUCCAGAGUAUUACAAAGCCGUGGAAGAAUUCAUGACGCAUGGUCCUUGUGGUUUAGCUAGGAAGAAUUCACCUUGUAUGGUAAAUGGUCGAUAUUCUAAAUUCUUUCCAAAGAAAUUUGUGCCAAAUUCAAUGUUAGACCGCGAUGGUUAUCCAAUUUAUCGUAGGCGUGAUAAUGGUCAUACGAUAAAGAAGAAUGACAUCGAUCUGGACAAUAGAUAUGUUGUCCACACAACAGAUUUAGUUCUUACAGAUACACAAAAGAAGAAUUAUGCUCUACUAGAGAUUGAAAAAUUAUUGCAUGCUUGCAACAAGUUAUUAGGAGAUUAUCCACCAAUGCCUAUACCAGAUGGACUAACUAACUCUUUUUUUGGAAAUCAGUUGUUGUAUGAAGAACUAGCAUAUGAUCAGCAAGCCUUAAAAGAAGAACAUGACAUUUUGGUGGGAAAACUAACUGAGGAGCAAUUAGUUAUUUACAGUAAAGUUAUGUUUGAUGUGGAUAACAAUAAAGGUGGCUUAUUUUUUGUCUAUGGAUAUGGUGGUACCGGACUACCGGGAAAACCUUUUAUGGAAAACAAUGUCUGUUGCUUUACAGUCAAGGGGAAAAUUGUUCUAAAUGUAGCAUCGAGUGGUAUAGCUUCGUUAUUGCUACCAGGUGGUAGGACUGCUCACUCAAGGUUUGCAAUACCGAUUUCUAUAAACGAAGACUCAACAUGCAACAUCAAGCAAGGUGAUAGCAAACUUGGUGAUAAUAGUGAUGGGGAAUGCAAUAUAAUUAUUCCUUCACAGUUUGUAUUGCAAAGCAAAGGAGAUCCUAUCAAAGAGAUUGUUGAGCACACAUUUCCUUUAUACGGCACUGGUAACAUAGAUCCUGAACAGCUAAAGAGUCGAGCAAUUUUGGCACCAACAUUAGAUGUUGUGGAUCACGUGAAUGAAUACAUGAACAAUAUGAAUCAAACUUCAUCAAAGACUUAUUUAAGUUGUGAUUCUGUUUGCAAGGCUAAUACCAAUGCUAAUAUCUUAGCUGAAGUUCACACUACUGAAUUUUUAAAUAGUUUGAGGUGUUCUGCUGUACCAAAUCAUUCCAUAUCAUUAAAGGUUGGAUCUCCAAUAAUGCUGUUGAGGAAUAUCGACCAUUCGAUUGGUCUUUGUAAUGGAACACGAUUGAUUGUUUCCAAAUUAGGGAACCAUGUAAUUGAAGCCAAAAUAUUAUGUGGAACCCACUAUGGGAAAAAUGUCUUGAUAUCGCAGCUGGCAUUGACUCCUUCAGAUCCAAGACUUCCUUUUAAAUUUCAAAAGAAGCAAUUUCCUGUUAUGUUGUCGUAUGCAAUGACAAUAAACCAAAGACAAACUUUGUCACAAGUGGGGUUAUUAUUAAAGAAACCUGUGUUUAACCAUGGACAGUUAUAUGUUGCAGUUUCCUGUGUGAGUAAUCCUGAUGGUCUCAAAAUCUUAAUUUCUGAUGAAAGCAAGGGAUUAUUAAAAUGUACUCAGAAUGUGGUGUACAAAGAACUUUUCAAUAAUUUGUAA